AAAAUGUGGAAUUCCAUUUUUCAAGUUCCACAAGUCCCUCACACUCUCACUAGUGGCAAAGUGCUUCUGUGCUAGUGCGAAGUGACGUCAUCAUUUUAACUGAAUCCUCAACGGCAAUCACUUAUUUUCCGGUAACGUUGAUCUUCUUAUUCGUUCAGUGAGAUUAAUAAAAAGGUGACAUUCUUGCAAUGACAACCACUGGUUCUAGUGAUGCUCCUCUUGUUGCUCAAAGAUUAUUAGGGAAGGUUGCUUUGGUAACCGGUGGCGCUACUGGCAUUGGAGAGAGCAUUGUUCGUCUUUUUCACAAACAUGGUGCAAAAGUUUGUGUAGUUGAUAUUGACGACCACCUCGGUCAACAACUAUGUCAAACUCUUGGUGACAACACUCGCUUCAUUCACGGUGAUGUCACCAUUGAAGAUGACAUUUCUAGUGCGGUUGACUUUUCGGUCAACACUUUUGGUACGCUCGAUAUCAUGGUCAACAAUGCUGGAAUGGGUGGGCCGCCCUGUCCUGAUAUCCGCGAAUUCUCCAUAUCAACGUUCGAAAAGGUAUUUGAUGUAAACGUCAAGGGUACGUUUAUUGGGAUGAAACAUGCGGCUCGGGUGAUGAUCCCGUUAAAGACGGGAACGAUUGUUUCUCUCUGUAGUGUCGCGAGUGCUAUCGGGGGGUUGGGUCCACAUGCAUACACAGGGUCCAAGCAUGCGGUGUUGGGACUCACCAAAAGUGUGGCAGCUGAACUCGGGAACCAUGGGAUUCGGGUCAACUGUGUUUCACCUUACGCAGUUUUGACCGAUUUGGCUUUGGCGCAUUUGCAUGAAGACGAAAGGACCGACGAUGCGAAGGCGGGUUUCCGGUCUUUUAUCGGGAAAAACGCUAAUUUGCAGGGUGUCGAACUGGUAAGGGAGGAUGUUGCAAAUGCUGUAUUGUUUUUAGCUAGUGAUGAUGCAAGGUAUGUAAGUGGUGAAAAUCUGUUUGUUGAUGGUGGUUUCACAUCUACAAAUCAUACACUUAGGGUCUUCCGUUGACCAUGGAUUGUAGUGUAGUCUUGGUUAACAUUGUUCUAAAACAAAACCAUUGUACUCUAUUAUCAGAAUAAUAAUAUUUAUUUGGUCAAAUGUAAGCGAUCAUA